UUCACAUUGUUGUUUGAGGUUAUAAAAUCAGUUCCAGUUCAGGUGCAUAAUAUAUUAAUUUAUUGAAACCAUGAGUAAAAAGUUAAAAGAUUUGAAAUGGCAGUCCGUAACUUUAGAUGGCUUUCCAGCGUCUAUGGGAGACAAAUUACAGGGAUUUAUUGGCUUGGAAGAGUGUACAAGUUACAGUCUUGAUAAAGAAAGACCACGCAAUAAAAAGAAAAAGGAGCAAAAGAAGCGCAAAAACACUAAAUCUGUCGACGAAACUAUAACAAAACAGAUUCCGAAUAAAAAAACGAAACUAAGCAACGGCUUCACCGUGGAGUCCUGCGAUACUGUCACGCCUUCUCUUAACAACGAAGAUAAUACAGCCAUUAACAAGAAUAAUAAUACUCUACCUAGAAAAAAGGCUAAAACUAUAAAGAAACUUGGUGAGAAUGUAGCGGAGGAAUCACAGUUGACACCUGAAGAUAUGCUGUCGUGGGCAGAGUUUAAGUUGCCGGAGGAGAUCACGCGGGCCCUCAUGGAGCUCGGCUUCAAGCAGCCUACUAAGAUACAGCAGCUAUCAUUGCCUGCUGCUAUUCAUGGUCGUAGAGAUAUCCUCGGCGCAGCUGAGACCGGUAGCGGUAAAACCCUAGCCUUCGGCCUUCCCAUUCUCACCGGCAUAUUAAAACUCAAAGAGAAAGCACUAGCGAAAGGCCUAGACGUGUAUGAGAUCCCAUACAAAAAGAGCAGCAAGAAGAAAUCAGAACCUGAACCUCCAAAGAAGCAAUUUAAAAAGAGAAAGAAUAAGAAAAUUAAAGAGACUUCAUCAGAAGAUAGCUAUAGUAGCGGAGAAGAGGAAUUUAAAGAUAAGAAUGAUAAAGUUAAAGAUGAAAAUGAUGAUUUUAUAGAAGAAAUAGAAGUUCCAAUCAGAAAGAAGGAGUUAUCGACAGAUGAAGGGAAUGAUAGUGACGAUAGUGCAGAUUAUGUGCAUCUUUCUGACGUGGUGGUAUUUGAUGGUGAUGAUUCUGAUGAUGACGAGAAAGAUGAAAAAUCAGAGGACAAUGAUGAAAUUGAGAAGGAUGGAAGUGGUGAAGAUACAGAGAGUCAAGAUGAAGUUGAUGGCAAUGAAGAAGGCAUAGGCUGUGUGAAAGUGAUAGACAACAUAGAGUUGCCCGGGACAGAGAUGGUUCGCACCGGCAGUCCGCUCUACGCUCUCGUUCUAACACCCACGAGGGAGCUGGCGAUGCAGAUAUCCCAGCAUUUGAAGGCUGUUGCCAAGUAUACAGGUAUUCGCAUAGCGACGGUGGUAGGCGGUAUGGCGGCGGUUAAGCAGGAAAGAGAACUCAAACGGAACCCUGAAAUAGUAGUUGCGACUCCAGGGAGACUUUGGGAGUUGAUAUCUAGAGGAGAACCACAUCUACAGCAACUGCCGAGUGUCAAAUUCCUUGCCAUAGACGAGACAGAUCGUAUGAUCGAACGGAACCAUUUCGAGGAACUUCAUCCCUUGCUCGAAAGACUCAACUACGACGAAGCACAGAGAAAUUCACGACAGAACUUCGUCUUCUCAGCUACAUUGACUUUGGUUCACGAUCUGCCGACGCAUAUGAAGGGAAAGAAGGUAACGAAACGAGGCAAGAUUAUUAACAGAAAGAUCGAGAAAAUGACUUCGAAACAGAAGAUCGCUCGGCUGGUCUCACUCAUCGGUAUGACUGAACUAAAAGUCGUUGACAUCACAUCCGACAACUUAGGAACGGCCGAGACCCUGACAGAAUGUAAGAUAGCUUGCGCCUUUGAGCACAAGGACGCGUAUCUCUACUAUAUUCUGAAACGACACCCCGGAAGAACCAUAGUAUUCUGCAACGCCAUUGGAUGCGUCCAACGUUUAGCUACGCUGUUGUCUCUACUGAAGUGCCGACCACUACAGCUUCAUGCCAGUUUGCAACAACGACAGAGACUCAAAAAUCUAGAGAGGUUCAGAGACGACCCACACGGGGUCCUAAUAGCGACCGAUGUAGCAGCGAGGGGGUUAGACAUACCGAAUGUCGACCAUGUCAUACACUAUCAAGUGCCCAGAACCGCUGAGAACUACGUCCACCGAAGCGGCCGUACGGCUCGAGCCAACAAGGAAGGCCUGACCAUUCUCAUGAUGGAGCCCCAGGAGGCCUUCAGAUACGCCAAGUUAUGUAUCACGCUUAAUAAGAAAUCGGAGCUUCCCACGUUCCCCGUGCCCCCUCUAGGCCUGGAUUCCCUCAAGACACUCGUGAAUACAGCGCGCGAACUCGACGCACUCCUACUGAAGAGACGAAGAACUGCCCAAGCUUUGGGGUGGAGAGAGAAAGCUGCCAGGGAGAUGGACAUGAUCGUAGAUGAUGAUGAUGCACCCGUGAAAGACCUGGACCCGGGCAUCGAGAAGGCAGUCAAGAUCAAACAGAAGCAAUUGAACACUAUGCUAGCCCGGCCCGUGUUCCCUAAGGGGUUCUCCUUCAAGUACCCCACUUUAAACGAGCCUUCUGCACUUUUGGGCACACAGGACAACGCCUUACAGGUUAUGAAGAAAGCACUAGAAUCAGGGGAGUUGAAACGAGAGAAGAGGAAAAGCAAGAACGCUUCGGUACUGAAAUUGCAGAAAACUUUUAAGAGGAAAUAAAAUGCUGCUAAC